AUGCUUCUCAACAAAAAGAAAAGCUCUCAACAGUAUUCCAAAUCUCCUUUAGAAUUACCGAUAUUUACAACUCGCGCUUAUUACAAUAUAAAUGCAAACCGUGUUUAUGUGAAUGCUGGAGUGUUGCAACCUCCACUUUAUUAUGAAAAUGGUAGUUUAGCUUCGAAAUUUGGAGCACUUGGUUGGAUUAUAAGUCAUGAGAUCAUGCACGGAAUAGGUAUCCAAGGUGUACUGUUUGAUUCAGCUGGUACUAGUCUAACUGGUUUGACUGGUCUUAUGUUAUCUUCUGUGAUAGAAACCAAAACUUCAUGUAUUAGUGAUCAAUAUAGACUUUAUGAAUUUACCGAUUACAAAGCCCUUCAAACCGAUACACGAGAUGAAAUUUUAGCCGAUAUUGGAGGUUUAAAAGCGUCUUACUAUUCUCUUUGUGGACAUCAUAGUGGAACUUCUCUUUUAAUACAUUCAGUAGUUGUUCCACAUGUAAUGGAAAGAUACAGAGUAUUCGGGGCGUUGGUUAAUAGCAAAGAAUUCGCACAUGCAUAUGGAUGUCCAGUUGGUUCACCAAUGAAUCCUGAUACAAAAUGCGAUAUAUGGUGA